AGUUGCGAGCUUAGCUCAGUUGAGUUUGCUCAGUAGUUGGUGUCGGUGUGUGCGCGAGACUACACAGAGUAUCUCUUCUCUGGCGGAGGGAUUCAAAGAAGAGAAGCAGCAGGAAAAAAAAGAAGAAGAAUAGGAGUAAAAAGUGGCCUACUGUGGCUCUGUCACAAAUAUAGAGAGAAGUGUAGAAAAAAAAGGUUUUUUCGUGGUGGUGCUUCGGGAAUCGGUCGCACGGUUUUCAGGUCGAAUCGGCCAUUUCCGGUACCAGAAUCGGUCACCUAUCGUGUCAACGUGCCCUGGGGCAGCGUUUUCCGGAGGUUUUAGGCGCUAACUCGCACGGUAAAGAGUUUACGACGGGCAGCAGCUAGUGUGUGUAGUGAGUUGGUUGAAGCCGCCGACCAGAGUGGGAAAAAAGGCAAAAGUCGUAGAAUUGUACAACCAGAGUCAGUGAAAAAAACACGCCGAAAGGCGACCGGGGUCUAGUGAGCGGUGUGUGUUUGUGUGGGGGGAAUACACGACGACUCGGAAUAGAGUAAUAGAGUGGCGUAGAAAUAACUAAAAAAAAAGUGCGGUUUUGUGCAGGAGUUCGAAUAAGAAAACACGUCGACAAAACAAGUCAAAUACAGUAGAAAACAACAACAGCAAGUGAAAGGAGGGGGACGAAAUGUCACUACCGAUAAACUCUCUGUACUCACUGACGUGGGGCGACUACGGAACGUCGCUGGUGUCCGCCGUCCAGCUGUUGCGAUGCCACGGCGACCUGGUGGACGUGACGCUGGCCGCCGGUGGCCGCAGCUUUCCGGCCCACAAGAUUGUCCUGUGCGCGGCCAGCCCCUUUCUGCUGGACCUGCUGAAGAACACCCCGUGCAAACAUCCGGUCGUCAUGCUGGCCGGCGUGAACGCCAACGACCUGGAGGCGCUGCUGGAGUUUGUGUACCGCGGCGAGGUGAGUGUUGACCACUCGCAGCUGCCGUCCCUGCUGCAGGCCGCCCACUGUCUCAACAUCCAGGGCCUGGCGCCGCAGACGGUGUCGCACAAGGACGACAACACCACGUACACGACCUCGAUCCAGCUGCAUCCGACGCUGGUGCCCCAGAACCACCAGACCGUCAAGGCGGUCAUCGACGUGGGAAACAAUGUUUGCACUGAAGAUCUCAUCACGACGCUGACCCCCACCCAAACAGUCCAGGCCCAGGUUAUCGAAACAAUCACCCCCGACCAGAUGAGCGACGAGGUUACCAAGGACGUCAUCAGCCAGUUCCUGCCGACCCGCAAGCGCAAGCAACGCACGAAGAAACCCUCGCAGUCGGGCGGAACCAACGCAACCGGAACCAUCACCGUACAGUCACCCCAGGCAUCGGCAACCGUCUCGGCGGGAGGAACCCAAGCGGCCAAGGUCAUGAAAACCGACGAGGAAGGAACCAUCCAGACGAUCAUCGUGAACAGCGCGGAGGAAGCGGCCAACGUUGUGAAGGACAUCAAGAAGGAAGCCAGCGCGGACGGAGCCUCGGUCAUCGAUUCCAAGGACGGCAUAAUUAUUUCAGAAAUCAAGAACAAGUCCCAGUCGGAGCAGCCGGCCACAUGUCCGAUCUGCCAAGCCGUGAUUCGCCAGUCCCGCAACCUGCGUCGCCACUUGGAGCUGCGGCACUUUAAGAAACCGGGCGCCAAGAAGGAACGCGUCAAGAAGAGCAAGGGCGGCGCAAACGGACAGGCAAACACGAGCGGAACCAAUGGCAACGGAAGUGGCACGGCUGGCGGCGACCCACAGCAGCAGGCAGCACAGCAGGCGGCCCAGCAGGCGGCCCAACAGCAGCAGACCACGAUCGACACCUCGGGCACGAUAUCGGUAACGGUUUCCCAGGCACAGGCACAACAGCUCGAGCAGGCCGCCGCCAACGGGCAGCAGCACGUGGUCACCCAGCACGAAAACGCCGACGGAACGACCUCGCUCUCGAUUGCCCAGGUGCAGACGCUGGACGGACAUCAGCUCGCCAUCGGAAAUCUGAAUCAGGCCACCCUCAUCCGCACCGGCGAGCCGAUCGAGGCCGGCAUCAUCGCGACGCACGAGCCAACGCUGCGCCCCCACACGGAGCUGUUCCGCGUCGGCAACACCGUCUACACGAUAGAGGAACGUCGACCGGACCAGCCGAAUCGUUUGACUUAGAACGAUGACCAGGA